CCCGAAUUUCUCCUCCAUAGCCAAGCCAACCAGAGUACCAACCAGACUCCAUUGCCGUCUUCUUGGACUCUGCUCCACUCCGUUACAGGACAAUCGCGGUUGGGAUCGGCAAAUCUUGUCUCUGUGCAAGAUGACCAUCAGCAUCGAGCAGCCUCAGUUUGAUGUCGCGGCGGAGAGGAAGGUCGCCAGCGACCCGGCUGAGCUCGUGCUCGACGGCGGCUUCGCCGUGCCGGACUCCAACGCCUUCGGCCAGACCUUCAGGGACUACGAGGCUGAGUCGGAGCGGAAGGAGUCGGUGGAGGACUUCUACCGCACCAACCACAUCAACAUGACGUACGACUUCGUGAAGCGGAUGCGGGAGGGGUACGCGCGGCUGGACAAGACGGAGAUGAGCAUCUGGGAGUGCAUCGAGCUGCUCAACGAGUUCGUCGACGACAGCGACCCCGACCUCGACAUGCCCCAGAUCGAGCACCUCCUCCAGACCGCCGAGGCCAUCCGCAAGGACUACCCCGAUGAGGAAUGGCUCCACCUCACAGGCCUCAUCCACGAUUUGGGCAAGGUGCUGUUGCAUCCUAGCUUUGGAGCGCUACCCCAGUGGGCAGUCGUAGGUGACACCUUCCCCGUCGGCUGCGCGUAUGACGAAUGCAAUGUCCACUUCAAGUACCUGAAGGAGAACCCCGACUACCACAACCCGGCCUUCAACACCAAGUUCGGGGCCUACUCUGAGGGGUGUGGGCUGGAAAACGUGCUCAUGUCUUGGGGCCAUGACGACUACAUGUACCUGGUUGCCAAGGAGAACAAGAGCACCCUUCCUUCUGCAGGGUUGUUCAUCAUCAGAUACCAUUCGUUCUACCCUCUUCACAAGCACGGAGCCUACAUGCACCUGAUGAACGAGGAGGACAAGGAGAACCUGAAGUGGCUGCACGUGUUCAACAAGUAUGACCUGUACAGCAAGAGCAAUGUCAGGGUCAACGUCGAGGAAGUGAAACCCUACUACAUGUCGCUCAUCGAGAAGUACUUCCCGAACAAGCUGAGAUGGUAAAGAUGGCAUGGAGGAAGGGAACCGACACAACAUAUCACCCAAAGUUUGCUCCAACUUCAGCACUUACCAUAGAAAAAAAAACAAGGGAAAAGAUUGUUCCUAGCUGUAUACUAUGUGAUACGAUGGAUGUUCUCAUGUCACAUCCGAGUUGAGUGUGCAUUACUAGUAGAGGGGACUGCACGAGAGCCAUCAGCCAUUUUUAUUUUUGCGUACCUAAUAAAAAGUUGCCGCUAUUUGUUGUU